GAAUUUAGAUUUCUCUCUGGAGCUGACCCGUUAAGGCAGCCACGCUGGCAAGGCAUUCACUAAAGCCAGCAGAGAGAGAGAGAGAAAAAAGCGUUUAACCUGCAGGCAUCAGCCCAUACAGAGAUAAAAACAUUUCUUGAUAUUGUUUUGUUAGAGGCUGGAGAAGAUUUAAGAAUUGGUGACCGCUGCCAAGCCUCUUUCAAAGUAACAGCCUUUCCGAUUCUUUGCAAGCAGUCAUGGCUCUGAGUAUUUUGUGUCGCUGGAAGUUGUACAGUGCCUCUGUAUUUGGCCAAGAGCUCCAGACAGCCCGGAGCUAGGACCGAGGUCACCUGCCAGCACCCAGACUCAACUCUCUGCUUUCCCUGUGUCUGACGCAUUUCCAAGCACAUGGGCCGGCUCCGUUCAGGCUCAUCAGCUUUUCAAAGUUGGUGACUUUUGGGGGGGAAAAAAAAACGUAAUUAACACAGAAGAAUCGAUAGACGUGUCUGGCCACACUUGUUUUGGUGGAUCGAGUUGAACCUGGAGGAAGUUCCUACAAUGUACGCCCUGACCCGUGGCUGUUGUGUUGCAGUUGUUGGUCUUUGCUUGUGGGGGCUAGUGAUCUUGGCAGGUGCUGCCUUUGGGGACCCUGGAGAAGUCCAUGAUUACUACCUGCAGGAGAUCAUUUCCAGACAGCCUCACUACUACUACCCCGAGGAGCGCCGAAGGAGCCCAGAGAGUCCUGUGGAGAGGCGGCUCAAGGCGGAAUUAAAGAAGGAUAAGGAGAAACGCCUCGGUGCAGUCAAAAACGGAAAUAAAAAAACUGAUAAAAAAGCCAAUGGAAAAACGCCAAAUAGCAGUCAAGAAACCUACAAAGCCGCUGAAGAAAAGAUUGAGAAAUGUCCUCCUCUGGGUUUGGAGGCUUUGCGAAUUGAUGACUUCCAGCUCCAUGCAUCUACUGUCAAACGUUACGGCCUGGGGGCACACAGAGGCAGACUGAAUAUCCAGGCUGGCAUCUUUGAAGAUGACUUCUAUGAUGGAGCUUGGUGUGCUGGGAGGAAUGAUUAUGCACAGUGGUUUGAAGUGGAUGCCAGAAGACUAACUAAAUUCACUGGUGUUGUAACACAAGGAAGAAAUUCGCUUUGGUCGAGUGACUGGGUGACAUCGUAUUCCGUUCUGCUGAGCAAUGACAGCUACAGCUGGGUUGCUGUCAAUAAUGGAUCAGAUGAUAUGGUAUUCAAAGCAAACCAAGAGAAAGAGAUUCCUGUACUUAAUGAGUUUCCCACUCCAAUUGUUGCUCGGUACAUAAGAAUUAACCCUCGGAGUUGGUAUCCAGAUGGUGACAUAUGCAUGAGAGUGGAAAUUUUGGGCUGUCCUAUGCCAGACCCUAACAACUACUACCGCAGACGAAAUGAAGUCACCACAACAGAUGACCUAGACUUCAGACACCACAGUUAUAAAGAAAUGAGGCAGUUGAUGAAGAUAGUAAAUGAACAGUGUCCAAACAUCACUAGGAUAUAUAACAUUGGCAAAAGCUAUCAGGGAAUGAAAUUGUACGCAAUCGAGAUCUCUGAUAAUCCAGGAGUGCAUGAAGUUGGUGAACCGGAGUUCCAUUACUCAUCAGGAGCUCACGGCAAUGAAGUUCUUGGACGUGAGCUGCUCCUCUUAUUGAUGCAGUUCAUGUGCCAAGAGUAUUUGGCAGGGAAUCCACGAAUCAAGCAUCUUGUUGAGGAGACUAGAAUCCAUUUCUUGCCUUCUGUUAAUCCUGAUGGAUAUGAAAAAGCUUAUGAAGUGGGUUCCGAAUUAGUAGGCUGGUCUUUGGGCCGUUGGACUCAUGAUGGCGUUGAUAUCAUGCACAAUUUUCCUGACCUCAAUUCUGUUCUUUGGGAAGGAGAGGAACGCCGAAGAGGAUACAAGAAUGUGAAUAACCAUCACCUACCCAUUCCUGAGUGGUACUUAUCUGACAACGCCACUGUAGCUGUUGAGACACGUGCAGUCAUUGCCUGGAUGGAAAAAAUUCCAUUUGUUUUGGGUGGAAAUUUACAAGGUGGAGAAUUGGUUGUGACAUAUCCGUUCGACAUGACACGGUUUAGCACAAAAGUCCAUGAAUACUCUGCCACGCCAGAUGAUCAUGUUUUCCGGUGGCUGGCUUUUUCUUAUGCUUCCACUCACCGUCUCAUGACAGAUGCAAAUAGAAGAGUAUGCCACACAGAUGAUUUUGCUAAAGAAGAUGGAACCAUAAAUGGGGCAUCAUGGCACACAGUAGCAGGAAGUAUGAAUGACUUCAGUUAUCUGCACACAAAUUGCUUUGAGAUUUCUAUAUAUGUUGGCUGUGACAAAUUUCCUCAUGAGAGUGAACUCCCAGAUCAGUGGGAAAACAAUCGAGAGUCCCUCCUUGUUUUCAUGGAACAGGUCCAUCGGGGUAUCAAAGGUAUAGUGCAAGAUCCACAGGGAAAAGGAAUUCCAAACGCUGUCAUAUCAGUUGAAGGCAUCAACCAUGAUGUUACUACGGCAACUGAUGGAGACUAUUGGCGGCUCUUAAAUCCUGGCGAGUACAAGGUCACGGCCAAGGCUGAAGGUUAUUCAAGUGCAACCCGGAACUGUGAGGUUGGAUACGAUAUGGGAGCAACCGAAUGUCAUUUUGUUCUGACCAGAACAAAUCUGUCAAGAAUUAAAGAGAUAAUGGAGAAGUUUGGGAAGCAGCCAAUCAAUCUGUCCCUUAAACGGUUCAGGCGCGUUCGACACAGACGUCGCCAGUUAUAGGAAAUCCUUAUAGAACAAAAGACCUCUCUAAAUGAUCGCAGUUCAAGUCUUAUUUUAUUCAAAUAACAAAGAACUUCGCCAAUUCAUUUAAAAUAACAAGAUACAAUCUGGGUUUAUGUUAUUUGUUGCCACAAUAUUCUGUCCAUUAUUUUAAUAUAUAGCAUAUGUAACUUUUAAACUAUUCAGCACUUUCCUGCAUGAUGUAGUUAGAAAACUUGCCAUACUGCUGCAUAUAUACAAAGAACACUUUACUAGUACUCUGGAAAGGCAGGCCAUCACUCUCAGACACUAAAUGCCUACUGUGCAGAUAGAGGUCAUUUGGCCCAUUGAGUCUGCAUUGACCCACGGAAGGGCAUCCCACCCAGACCCAGCCCCCACC